CAAGACCAGAAGAGCGAGGACAGUCCAGUGAGAGAGAGAUGAGGACCUUCCAGAGCCAAAGUGAUCCUGAGCAGUGCGGAGCCUCCAGCAGCAGCAGCGGCAGCAGCAGCAGCAGCGGCGGCGCCAUGAGUCCACUGAGCACGGCCAGCAUCACCCUGGCAGCCCUGCUCAUCCUCACCAUACCAGUCUGCACCAGUGCUCCAGCAGAAGUUAAGCAAGCUACAACAGACCAGAGGCAGCUCUUCAGCCAGAUAGAUGCUGUGUGCUCAUCCUACCUCUCUGCAGACAUUAAGCUUUGGGCAUCUGAUGUCUUAGCAGAGCUAUGUGUCAUGAUGCUGGUUCAGAAGUCAAAGGAGCUGGAAUUUCAAGAAAAAAGUAAAAGGGCUGAACUCCAGGGACCUGGUGGAAUCCAGAGCAGAGGUUACUUUCUCUAUCGGCCACGAAAUGGAAGACGAUCCUUAGAAUACGAGUAAAUUAAAGUCUCCACCUCUGAAGCUACGUGUAAAGAGACAACACCAGACAGCAAGACCCGAGCUGCUGCACCACGACUGACUGAUCCAGACUGUGACCACAGCCCUCUGCCACUGCUGUAUAGUGAUGUCUGAAUGUACACAAAUAAUAUGAUUCAAAUAUGAGUCAUUUGUCCAGAUUUUAUUUUGUGUUAUAUGGUUGUCAUUUGCAUUAAAAUGCUGUAAUGUGGUCAU